UUCCGAUAUGAUCAUCCGGGUAUUUAUUCAGAUUUCGACAAGAUGGGUCUGGAGAACGAGGUAGCUCUAAGCGGCAAACCUAAGCCUAAGGUGGUGGAAGUGGAAGAGGAAGAUGAAGAGCUUCUGGAUCCUCAAGAUACAUUAAAGGAAUCCUGCUCAGAAACAGCAUCAUGUCAAAAGUUAAAAGACCGCUAUGAUGAAUGUAAUGAACGUGUCAACAAUGCUCAAAUCACAGAAUGUGAUCGUGUCAACAAAACUGAAGGCACAGGGGAAAAUUGCUAUGAAGAACUGAUAGACUUCAUUCACUGUGUUGAUAAUUGUGUAUCCAAGAGCUUAUUCCAGAAACUUCAAUAGCUGAACACCUCAUAAACUACAUUUUAGACUUGAAUGACUGAAGUAUUUUGUGGAGGAUUUUGUAGAUGUACAUCCAUAAUAAUUAGUUGCUUUAAGAAUGGAAUUAUAUCUUGAAAGCAGUUAUAAAAGGCUUUGAACAGUGUUUUUAAAAAACACUUUGUUACUUUUUUAUUAUUUUUUAUGUGUAAGUUUUCCCAGAUGCACUAGACGAGACUCUGGAGCAGAAGGUUGCUGGUGCAAGUCCCUGCUUAGACCUGUGGCAGGGAAACGCCUUCCCAGUCAGUACAAUCAGCACUGACUUCUACCUCAAUCCACAUUGACCUUGAUAGAUUAAACUCUGUCGUGACCAAUUGUUCCAACGCUGAAAGUCGAAUUAUCACAGAUGACAAGUAGAAAUUCAUGUAAAAUAUUGACAACAGAACUGUGUGUUAUAGCUCUGACAAUUUUAGAGAAUUACAUAUACAUGUAACCUUCGCCCCAAGCUGAUGGUAGACUAUGUCUGGUUUUGAUGCUGGGCGUUGAUACAUGUAGUGUUCUUUGAUCAUGCUGGCUGUUACAAUGACACUAUUGUGUAGUUCAGUGUACAAUUCAACAUUAUCCAUACACGGGUUUCCAAAAAUGAAUGAGCAAAUGAAGUUCAGCUUGUAAAAAUU